CGAACGUUCAGAAGACGCAACUGCAGGUUCCGUUGAGCGUUCUAUCUAAGAAUUGACAAGGUGGGAAGUUAAUGGCGAUUAGGACGCAUGACAUGUGAUAGCAUGUUAUUAUUGUUCGAGCACAUGGCCAAGACACUGCCAGCUAUCAUUUCAGCUGAUUCACCAAUGGAGCUGGAAGCACCGCGGACAUGUAAUGCAGGAUAAAAACACACUCAGGUUGGAGUUGGAAUUCAUACAGACACUUUGUUGAAUCCUACCUCUUCCUUCGCCAUCUCUGUACCACUAGCAAGUACUUACUAUAGAUUACCGCUAUGCGUCUUAUCAUUCGCGACGACCCUGCAGCUGUCGGCGACUAUGUCGCCAAUUACAUUGCCAAACGCAUUAAUGACUUUGCACCGACCGCUAGCAAACCUUUCGUGCUCGGUCUCCCAACUGGCUCAUCUCCUAUUCCGACUUACAAAGCCCUCAUCAAUAAAGUCAAGGAGGGCAGUUUAUCCUUCAAGCACGUCAUCACUUUCAACAUGGACGAGUAUGUCGGCAUUCCUCGUGACCACCCAGAAUCCUACCACACAUUCAUGUUCCGCGAGUUUUUCUCCCAUAUCGAUAUCCCCCCCUCCCAAGUCAAUUUACUGGAUGGGAACGCCGAAGACUUGGUCGCGGAAUGCAACGCAUACGAAUCCCGCAUCAAGCAGUGUGGUGGUAUCGAGCUCUUCCUGGGUGGUAUCGGCGAGGAUGGUCAUAUCGCAUUCAACGAGCCUGGCUCGUCCCUCGCGUCCCGGACCCGCAUCAAGACACUCGCUUACGACACCAUCCUCGCCAACGCCCGCUUCUUUAACAAUAAUGUUGCUGCUGUCCCUCGUAUGGCCCUUACAGUCGGGGUUGCUACAGUACUUGAAGCAAGGGAAGUCGUGGUUGUAGUCACGGGUCAGAGGAAGAGCUUGGCUCUCAGCAAGGCUAUCGAGGAUGGCGUAAAUCACCUUUGGACUCUCUCGGCGCUGCAGCUCCACCCUUGGGCGUUGAUUGUAGUCGAUGAAGAUGCGACAGCCGAAUUGCAUGUCAAAACAGUGAAAUAUUUCAAGUCAAUUGAACGCGUGCAAGACGAGGUAGAGCAGCGGCAGGCAGAGCUGAAGGCGAGAGGUCGAACAGAGCAUCAGGGGCAAGUUGGUAGUAUGGAGUGAUGUUGUCUGUCGACACUAUGAGCUACAUAAUGAUGAUCAAGCAGAACAGACAAGUUGUUCGGCAAGCGAGUUCAAUAGGUCCUUAUUCCUGGAGUUGACCAUUCUCCCAUCCUUCACAACUUGCAUUUUACUAGUGGUGAGCACAAAGUGUGCUGUACUAUUAGGGGAGCUCACAGUAGGUCGCUUUCGCUUUCACGUUCAUGUUCACUUUCAUAAUAAAUUGUUAUUUUCACAUAUGCAGCCAAAUAAAUAGAAACUAAAUUGAAUAUACUAUUUCUGGUG